AUGAGGUUCCAACUCGUGGUCACAAACCACCCCACGUCGGAUAUCAGUCGUCCAUCGGUGUUUGUGUCGGAUUUUGUGACCGGAAAAAGACACAUCAUUGGACAUGUCCCCGAAGGAUUACAGCGACAAUGCAUUCAGAUUGGAGUCAGAACUUCUAGAGUUGACUCGAUCUAUUUGACUGGUAUUGCCGACUGGAAGUCUCUUUCGGGGUUGCCUGGUUUUAUUCUCACGGUUGGAGACCAAGGAGUGAAGGAUUUGAACAUAUUCCAUAGCGGGAAUAGAGUGAUCAAGUUCCUAGUAUCUUCGUGGAGAUACUUUGUGUUCCGGCUGGGACUGAGAUUUGUCAUUGAAGAUAUUGAUGUUCAUAAAUCCGGAGAGUACCAGAUCAAAGCGAUCAACAUUACUCGAUCUGACGAUGCUCCAGGGAAGACUAAUGAUAAUGAGUUUUUGAAGCACAUUUCGGAGCUAUUACGACACAUGUUUGGGUUAAAGUACGAACUUGGGGCCAACGGCAGGUUCCUUACAAAGAUCGCACUACCAUGGACUUUUUACCAUCCUAAAGUAUCUGCAAAUUACAUCAUGACAGGUAACGCUGUGAGAGGCCGGUUUUUGGUCGAGAAAGCCAUCGAACUGGGCUGUCCAAAACGGCAGUUCAGAGACCUGUGCGCGUUCAAGACUGUCACACUGGAAGACGGAACAGUGAUCAAACCUGAAGACGUCCUGGAGCCAAGCAAACGUUUCGACAGCGCUCUGUUCUUGGACAUUCCUGGCGAGGAGUAUUUGGAAAAUACCAUCAAUCACGACUGGCAGGCCGAUCUCGAGGAAGGUAAAUACACAUUGGUUUACCAUUUCAUUGACGACUCGGUGAAGAACAUUUUGGAAAGACCAGAAUACCAAAAGUUCAUCCAAUCUUUCGAUCCAACCACCGUUCAUCUGAUCUCUCACAAACAAUACGUUCCUGAUGCGUUGAAUUAUCUUUCUUCGUACACAUCGUCUUUGAAAUGGCAUAUGUUACUUCCCGAGUACUUCCCGUUGUUCAGAUGGAGCGAUGUGGGGGAGCUGCCGAUCCCAAAAGAGCUGACCAAUGUGCUACCAAUGGUGCGUGGCCAGUCUGCGGGAAUCGAGUCCGGUGCACCAGCCGCCGUGGAGAGAAAGUUCCCAACGACCAAAGACGAAGUCAGAACGUUUUUGAAACAUGUCUACCAACAGGACGUGGUGCCUGCCAACGUCCCAAACUACCCUUCUGAGGAAGAGUUUGUGAAUGCUGCAUUUAAGCCCGCAGGAAAGAAAUUGGGUGUGGCUCCGGAUUUGUCCAAGCCGCUUAAGGACCAGGUCGAGCUCCUGGUGCUAGGAACAGGGUCAGCUAUUCCGUCAAAACUGAGAAACGUCAUCUCGACGUGUGUGCGGAUUCCAACAGAGACCGGGUUCCGGACCCUCAUACUGGACGCUGGAGAGAACACUCUGGGAACCAUCGAGAAACUGUACAGUCCAGAAGAUACCGAACGUCUUUUCAAAGAGCUCAAGAUCGUCUUUUUGUCGCACCUGCACGCAGACCACCAUAUCGGGAUUAUAUCCUUGCUGAACAAAUGGAACACUGUCCGGUCUGAGCACGACAAACUUUUUGUUGUGGCCCCAUGGCAGUAUGCUAAAUUUGUUCGCGAGGUGCAGAGACUGGACGACACACUGGACUUGACUGGGAUCGAGUACCUGAGCUGCGACGAAUUCAACCAGGACAUGAUUCUGCCUGAGCACGAGCAGGCGCCUCUUGAGGACGUUUCUCACCUCGACCUGAGAACCGUCACGUGCGAGACAUUGGAACUGGAGCCAAACGCGGCGUUGCAGCAGCAGCUGCUGGAACGGGCAGGGCUGAGGAGUUUCAGAACGUGCUACGCCACGCACUGUGACUACUCGUACUCGUGUGCGCUGGACUUCGAUGUUGGGGCUGAGUCGUUCAAGGUAGCAUACUCUGGAGACACAAGGCCCAAGCUGCAGUUCGCGGAGAUCUCGGAAGGAUGCGACCUGCUGAUCCACGAGUCCACUCUGGAGGACAAGAAGUACCAGGACGCUAUAGACAAGAAGCACAGCACCACGUCGGAGGCGCUCCAGAUGGGUAUUUUGAUGCAGGCCAAGAAAAUCCUGUUUACCCAUUUCAGCCAAAGGUACCGGUAUUUUUCGAAUUCCAGCCAGGUUUACAACAAAUUGGCAAAUCCAACCAAAGUCAGAACCGCGGUGGAAAAAGUAUCCCCGAUCUUCAAAGCCCCUUUGAGCCCGGAAAUGGUGGAAAACGCACCUCAAAUCGAGACGAUCUUUGCCGUUGAUAACAUGCACAUAGAACUAGGCAAUUUCGACCUCCAACGCCCCGUGUUUGAGCGAAUUGGCGACAAGCUCGAGCGGCUAUUCAACGCCGACGUGGAAGAUGAGUCCGAACAGGUUGAAUCCCACUAUUAUUCAAAAAAACGCAAAGCUUCUUAG